ACCCCUCGUUCCUAACCUCCUGCCUCUCUUGCAGCUUGGCUAACAUCCCGUUGACUCCGGAGACCCAGCGGGACCAGGAGCGGCGGAUACGCAGGGAAAUCGCCAACAGCAAGCGGAUGCAGAGCAUCAAUGCUGGCUUCCAGUCUCUGAAAACCCUAAUCCCACACACGGACGGGGAGAAGCUCAGUAAGGCGGCCAUCCUCCAGCAGACAGCCGAGUACAUCUUCUCACUGGAGCAGGAGAAGACCCGGCUACUGCAGCAGAACACCCAGCUCAAGCGGUUCAUCCAGGAGUUCAGCGGCUCCUCCCCAAAACGGCGACGGGCGGAGGAUAAAGAUGAGGGGAUCGGCUCGCCGGACAUCUGGGAGGACGAGAAGGCCGAGGAUCUGCGGCGGGAGAUGAUCGAGCUCCAGGGGGAUGCUGAGUGGGAAGCAGCCUGGGCUCCCCACCAAUGUCAGGGCUCUCUUGGCCAUCAGGUUCGCUCGCUGGAGGCCCACAUGUACCCUGAGAAGCUGAAGGUGAUUGCUCAGCAAGUGCAGCUCCAGCAGCAGCAGGAGCAGGUGAGGUUGCUGCACCAGGAGAAGCUGGAGCGCGAGCAGCAGAUCCGAACCCAG